AUGAAAUGGAAGCGUGAUGCAACAAGUGGGCAUGUGGUUGCUGGUGGAAAUGGAGUUGGAAACAAGUCUAAUCAGUUAAAUUACCCAACAGAUGUGAUUUUUGACAAACAAACAGAUAAUCUUAUCAUAUGCGACUUUUCAAACCGACGAGUAGUACGAUGGCCUCGUCAUGAUGGCAGAAGCGGAGAAACGAUUAUCUUGAAUGUGAAAUGUGAAGAUUUGGCAAUGGAUGACGAAGGAUCUCUCUACGUUUCUGAUGCAGAAAAGCAUGAAGUUAGGCGAUGGCGAAUGGGUGAAAAGAAUGGAACAGUGGUGGCAGGUGGUAAUGGAAACGGUAAUCGUCGUGAUCAGCUCAAUAAUCCUGGAUCCGUCGUCGUCGAUCAAGAUCAUUCAGUGUACGUAUCGGACUGGAGCAAUCAUCGUGUAAUGAAAUGAAUGAAAGGUGCGAAAGAAGGCAUUAUUGUGGCUGGUGGUAACAGUAUAGGGGAUGCUCUCACACAAGUGCAUUAUCCAAAUGGACUAUUCGUCGAUCGAUUGAACACUGUCUAUGUGGCUGAUUCGAAGAAUCAUCGAAUAAUGCGUUGGCCACAAGGAGCCACAAUCGGAAAUAUUAUCGUUGUUGGAAACCACGAAGGCGAUCAAGGGAACGAGCUUGAUUAUCUCAAAGGUUUGUCAUUCGAUCAACACGGCAACCUCUAUGUCGUCGACUUUUGGCGUCAUCGAGUGCAAAAGUUUUCAAUCGAAUUGUCGCCUCACAAUUAGCGAAUAUAGAUAGUUUUUUGUUCUUUUUUUCUCGAAAAAUGUAUCGCAAAAGAAGUUAAGAAAUAAAUGAACUGAUUUCUUUAGAAAUAUUUCAUGUUUAUCUAUUUUUCGCCUGUGUACAGGUCAACAUCGGUCAGGUUAGAUACCUGUUUCAUAGAUCUUCACCUAUGCUUUUCGAACACUGAAAGUCUCUCUGUAUUGAAUGUACGAUGCUUACACUUCGUGUGUCACAUAAUCCUCACCCUUAACAUGUGCUGCUGUUUUUGCAUCGCGUUCAACCUUACAGCUAUCGGUUUUUUCAAAAUGUGUUUGUAAAACAUUUUUAUUUUGCACAUAUCUCAGCAUAGAGAUAUCAUAAAACCUUGCUAAUUUUUUUGAUGAUACCCCGUGAAAAGCUCUUCAAAAUAUGAUAAUACGAAAUUCCUGAUGAUCUUUGUCAAUAGUCUUUUCUAUAAUCAAAAUAAAAAAUAUAUAAGGCAGUACUACUUCUCACAAUAUUGAGCAAACUACAGAACAGGGUGUGGGUGUGGGUGUGGGUGUGAGUUUGCGUAUUGCUGUUGAUUUGUUCUUGAUUCAUAUCCCCACCCCCACCCCCACCCCCACCCCCACCCAUACACCCACACCCACACCCACACCCACACCCACACCCACACCCACAC